AUGUCACAACUGAGCAUGUAUGAAGGUAAUGACAUGGAGGAAGAAGAAAUUGAUGAUGAAGAAAUAGGUAAAUAUUGUGGGUUGAAUGGAUCUUCUCUCACAUCUCUCCAACUUCAAUAUUGUGGGUUGAAUGGGGAAUUCCCAGUAGGCAUCUUCCACCUACCAAACUUAGAGGUUCUGGAUGUGCAUGGUAACUCAAACCUUACCGGUUAUUUCCCUAACUUUAACAGGAGCAAUAAACUCUUGAAGAAAUUGAAUGUUGCGUUCACAAAUUUCUCUGGCAUGCUGCCUGCUUCUAUCGGAAACCUCCAUUCCUUAAAUUUGUUGGACAUCUCCUAUUGUAAUUUUUCCCACUAUCUUCCAUCUUCACUCGGAAACCUUACCCAGCUCAACUACCUUCACAUGAGUGGAAUAUUUUAUGACGUUCCAAAUAAUAAUUCCACAGGCCAAUUAGUUUCUGAAUAUUCCUUGUCUUGGAUAGCGAGUUUAACCAACCUCCACCAUUUGUCCCUUGGGGCCACCAAAUUCAGGGGAAAAUUCCCAAGUUUUGUGGCUAACCUCACGCAACUUUCAUUUCUAGACUUGGGUGUUAACGAAAUAACUGGUCAAAUCCCGUCUUGGCUUAUGAAUUUGACCCAGUUAACUACUCUAUACCUCACGGGUAACAAUUUGAGCGAAGCAAUUCCUAGGUCACUCUUCCAGCUCCAAAAUCUUGAAAUUCUUGACCUUUCCUAUAAUAACUUGAGUGGACAAGUUGAGUUUGAUCAGUUUUCCCAGCCCAAAAAGUUAAAGGAACUUUAUUUAUCAUACAACAAGUUAUCUCUGCAGAUCAUAACCAAUUUGAGUGCUACGAUUCCACAGCUUCAAGUUCUGGAGUUGAUGUCAUGCAACUUAACAGAGUUUCCAGAAAUUUUAAAAUAUCAAUCCGAAUUGCUCUACUUAGAACUUAGCGACAACAACAUUCAAGGGCGAAUACCAAAAUGGGUGUGGAAUGCAACUAGAGAAACUUUGGAGACUCUCGACCUCUCUUCCAACUUCUUAACAGGAUUUGACCAAAAUCCAAUCAAUCUUCCAUGGCAGAAUCUAUAUUCUUUAGAUCUCCGGACCAAUAUGUUACAAGGAUCACUGCCAAUUCCACCACAAUCAAUCAGACACUAUAUGGUCGGUAGCAAUCAUUACAGUGGAGAAAUUUCGCCCUCGUUCUGCAACUUGAAUCAUUUGCACAUUCUUGAUUUGUCCAACAACAGCCUGAGUGGCAUGCUUCCACAAUGUUUGGGGAACUCCAGUGCUCUUGAAAUAUUGAUGCUGAUGAACAAUUCAUUUCAUGGCAGUAUUCCUCAAAUAUGUCCAGUAGAAAAUAGUUUGAAAAUGGUUGAUUUGAGUUACAAUCAGCUACAUGGAAAAGUACCAAGAUCAAUGGCCAAUUGCACUCGAUUAGAGUUUCUUAACCUUAGAAACAAUCAUAUGCGCGACAUCUUCCCAUCUUGGUUAGGGGCACUUCCAGCACUACAGUUUCUCAGUUUGAGGUCUAAUGGAUUUCAUGGCAUGAUUGGGAAGUAUGCAACUAAACAUGACUUCCCAAAGUUGUGCAUCAUUGAUUUAUCUGACAAUGGUUUUUCAGGUGUGUUGCCCUCUAACUACUUAGAGAACUGGAAUUCCAUGAAAUUUGUUGACGAGAGCCGGUACCCUUAUUUUCAAGUCACUUCGACAUCAGACAACUUAGCUAAAUAUACCUAUGGCUAUGCUUAUCCAUACUCAAUCACGACUUUCGCAAAAGGUGUUGAGUUGAAAUUUAUAAGGACCCCUUAUCUUCUUAGAUUUAUAGAUUUCUCAAGUAACAGAUUUGAAGGAGAGAUUCCAGCAGGUGUCAUUGGGAAUCUAAGAGGCCUUAUUUUCCUUAACCUUUCCAACAACGCUCUCACUGGUGUCAUCCCAUCAUCUUUAUGGAACUUGACGGCUCUUGAAUCGUUGGAUCUCUCUCGAAACCAGCUCUCAGGAAGGAUCCCCGGUAAUUUGGCACAACUCACUUUCCUUGAAUAUUUCAAUGUAUCCUAUAACCAUCUUUGGGGUCCUAUACCACUUGGCCAACAAUUUGGUACAUUCCUAGAAGAUUCAUACCAAGGAAACUCAGGUCUGUGUGGAAAGCCAUUGUCGAAGCAGUGUGAUAGCUCAAUAUCGCCACCACCAUCAAUCUUUGAAGAAGAUGAAGAUUCCGGGUUUCAAAUUGCACUAGAUUGGUAUGUGGUUCUGCCAGGAGUUGUUAGUGGUCUAAUAGUUGGAGUGGUUGCUGGGAACUUUUGGACAAGCAAGAAUCAUGAAUGGUUUUUAGAGAAAUUUAGCAGGAAGAGGCAGCCAAGAGGCACACGGGGGAGGAGAGGACACAGAAACUAAGUACUUAUUUUAAAUCCAUGCUUAUCUUGCAGCUGCUGCUGUUGUUGUUUAGAAUUCUUGUAUGGGGUCUGGUGCAUUCUGUUUUAUUACAAUAAGGGUG